AUGCAGCAUCGAAUUGUUGUUUCCUGCUUGCUUAGUCUGUUCGCAUGUAUCCUAAACCAACUCUCAACAGCGUACAACAUCGGAAUUGGGAAGACGGAUAUCACUGGCCCUGCUGCUGACGUCGUUAUGAUGGGGUUUGCCGAUCCAACUGAGAGUACGACUGGAAUCCUCAAUCGCUUGUAUGCCCGAGCUUUCCUUAUUGAAGACCCAGACACCAACAAACGUAUCGUGUUUGUUCACUGUGAUCUGAUGGGAGUGAUGCAACUCGUGCACCAAGAAGUCCUCACUGAGCUUGCGACCAAGUACAAUGGCGUCUACACUGAUCAAAACGUUGUGUUGCAUGCAUCACACACGCAUGCCAGCCCCGGAGGUACAGCCGGAUAUUUCAUGUACGACGUCACUAGUCUCGGAUACAUCACCGAGAAUUUCGCCAGGAUACAAAAAAAAAAAGGUGAGGUCGAUAAAGGAGGCAAGAACCGAUCACCCAACGCUUAUCUGGCCAAUCCGACGUCGGAACGAGCGCUCUACAGCAGUGACAUCGACACGACAAUGCGUGCACUGCACUUCUUCGGUAGCUCUGGCAAGCUUCGAGGUGUAUUGGCGUUCUACCCCGUGCAUCCAACCAGUCUAACUGCGAAAAACCGACUGAUCAGCGGAGACAACAAAGGAUACGCCGAGUUUUUGCUUGAAGACGAGCUGACAAAUGUCACCGUUGCUAUUGGCGAAGGCAAGACUUUAAUCGAGUCCGCUGAGGUCUUGGGCGAGCGGCAGUACGACACGCUCUCCUCGCUGAUUAAGGGGCCUUCUGAGCUUAUCCAGGGAUCGGUGGUAGCCAAUCUCUCUUACGUCGACUUCUCCAACGUGAAGCUCAAGGGCGUACAAGCCACUCCUGACAACCCGUACGCUGAUAGGACAUGUCCAGCUGUCGUGGGGCAGAACUUUGCUGCUGGCACGGAGGACGGUCGUGGACCCAGCAUGUUCACAGAAGGAAACUUGAAGGGGAACGCAUUGUUUAAGGCCAUUGGUACCGUCAUUAAGCCUACGCCGAAGUGGGUGCAGGAUUGCCAGCACACUAACAAGAAGCCGCUUUUUGCAGUUGGACUCAUGGAGCCGACGCCGUGGGUGCCCAAUACCUUGCCUGUUCAAAUUGUCAAGAUCGGCCAGUUAGCCAUCGCAGUCACUAAUUUCGAGACUACCACGAUGGCUGGAAGACGUAUCCGAAACACGAUCAAGACGGAGCUUGCAAGCGCUGGUGUGACGGAAGUUGAGCUGGCUGCCAUCAGCAACGCCUUCGCGCAGUACGUGACCACGAAGGAGGAAUAUCUUACGCAGAAUUACGAAGGCGCUUCGACGCUCUUUGGUCCCAACCAGCUGGCCGCAGUGCAACAGGAGCUCACUCGAGUUGCAGCGUCUAUGGUAGAUCCUUCCGUUCCGCUGGACGUGGGACCUACCCCAAUGCAGAUCGACCGCACCUCCCUCAUUACGAUGCAGACAGGAGUGGUGAUGGAUGCGGCACCGCUCCUGCGCUCCUUCAGCGACGUACGCACGCAGCCGUCCAGCUCGUACACCGUUGGUAGUGUGGCUUCCGCAAUAUUCGCCGGCGCGCACCCAAAGAACGCGCUCACGUUGGUCUCGUCCUUCUGUGACGUACAGAAGCUCGGAUCGAACGGCGCGUACACGACCGUCAUGACAGACGCGCACUGGGAUCUACGCUACCGCUGGGAGCGCUACCUCAUUGCCGAAAGCAAGAACACGUGCGAGUGGAACAUCCGAAAAGGAGGACGCACAAGUGUAGCGGGAACCUACCGCUUUGUGCAUCGCGGGUACUCGAAACACCUGCUUGUCGCCCUCACAGCGUAUGAAUCCACGUCCAAUACGUUCACCGUGACCUCGUAA